AUGGCGACCUUCCCAACUCUUGCAAAGAUUGCCAAUCUAAAGGAGCAUCGCUUCGAAAAGCCGGUGAAGAAGAUCUUCGAUGGUCCUGAUGUUUCCUUCUUCUUGGUGUCACUCGCAUAUCGAGACAUCAUGACAUUCAUGUUGCAACUGAAUAGGUCGGUUUUGCCACGCAAAAGCCAGACGAGCGGAACGAGCACAAUAUACACCUGGCGGUUAGACUCAGAGGCGGCUGUGUCGUCAGACGCUGUCUCUCGACUACGCGAUCUGUUGACCAAGCUGAUAGAGCUCGUCGACGCUGUCCCUCCUGAUACCGGUCCCAGGCGAUUUGGCAACGUCAGUUUCCGCAAGUGGUACAAGAUCGUCGACGAGCAGAUUGGCGACUUACUAACCGAAUACCUCCCAAAAGAAUUAGGACUGGCGCAUGAAGAGCUUGGUGCGUAUCUGCUGGGGAGCUUCGGCAGCGCUCAACGGCUGGACUAUGGAACGGGCCACGAACUCAGCUUUCUUGCCUUCCUGGCUUGCCUUUGGAAACUGAGUUUCUUCCCCGAGUCCGAACCGUGGGUGGAAGAGCGAGGAAUUGUUUUGGGUGUCUUCGAGCUGUACCUCGUCCUCAUCAGAAAACUCAUCAAGACAUACACUUUGGAACCGGCUGGAUCUCAUGGUGUCUGGGGACUAGAUGACAAUUCAUUCCUCCCUUACGUUUUCGGCUCCGCCCAACUGUGUCCGCCGAUCGCUGAAACCGACGACACCCCCAUUGAAGGAUCCCUCCCCGACGCGCCCGAGGCAUCUGAAGUGACACGAAUCAACGUGGUCGAUAAGGAGAAGAGUUCAAACAUGUACUUCUCGGCCAUCGCCUUCAUCUACGACGUCAAAAGGGGCCCGUUCUGGGAACACAGCCCCAUGCUCUUCGACAUAUCCGGCAUCAAAGACGGAUGGGGCAAGAUCAACAAGGGCAUGAUCAAGAUGUACAACGCAGAGGUCCUCUCCAAGUUCCCCGUCGUCCAGCAUUUCCCGUUUGGAUCCCUGUUCAAGUGGGAGAAGGAUCCCGAUGCUAAACCUCCACCGACUUCCACGCACACUGCGAGUCAGCCCCUCCGAAACCCCAUGGAUACUCAUGCCCCGGGCGCAAUGAGACCGGGCGGCCCGCCGAUGGGUGCAAUGGCUGCUCCCUGGGCUGCUAAGCCGUCGGCAGCGCCAACAGGGUUUGUCAAUGGGGUCACACAGGCACCCUGGGCAAGUCGAGCACCAGCGCCGCCCCCUCCUCGGGGCGCCUUUGCUGCACCCUUGAGACGUCCCAUGCAAGCUCUGAAGGAAACGGAGACGAAGAUGACCCAGAAAUCCCCAGAAGGACAGAAAUAA